GGUUUAAUUACAGCAUCCGUAUUGCAGACAUUACGUUUCCUCUUCUCUGAAGUUCAUGAGGAUUUUAUGUACGGGCUGUUUAUAAAACCCCGUCUUGAUGCUGGUGGGUUAAAGGCUGUCAGAUUGAUGGCUGCCUCUGUGAUGUCUCGACGGGGGCCCAGGCUUCGCUACCUCCCAGGCUUGAGGAGGGACUUUACCAAGGCUCAGCGUGUGCCUGUCCAACAAAAGAAUGAGACUGAUGAUCAAGAGAGGAACAAAGGAGUUUUGCAACACCAGGAAUCCUCUCCCCAAGGAGAGUACAGGCUGUAUUACAACCGUUCCUCGUAUCAUCGCUCUGUGUCGCACUCUGCAACCUCCCGGAGACAAACAGCUAAUGAUGAGAAAGAAAAGGACCUCUCCACUCUCGCACCUUCCUUCGGGCAACAGAGCAAUCACUCCAAUGUAAGUUCCUCCCAGCCCCUCUCCAGCUCCAAAAACACAUUUCUUGACUUGGCUUUCAAUGAAUGCCCUGAACCUGAGAUGCCAUCAGCUUCACAGCGCCACAGUGAACCCACACAGCCAGAUGUUGGAAAAGUCCGACCUAGCUUCCGCAGAUACCGGCCAGAGUACGACUCCAUGACCCGUAACCGUAGGCAGCGGCACACCAUCAAAUGGGAAGAGGCCUUGGGGCUGCUCCAAGAUGUUGCACUUUUAGGAGAGAGGAUGAAACCAUCUGAUGUGUCUCAGUUUCUUGUGGAGCUUAGCAGCUUACAAAAGGACUACUUAUCAUUACUUCAGAGUGAACAAGGCUUCACCAUGCUCCUCGAAUAUUCUGUGAAAACCCUACGCCUCUUUGAUGAAACCCAGCUGCUGCAGUCGCUGCAGUCCUUUGUGUGGCUGCAUAUGCCCUUAGAGCACAAUAUCUUUAGGCUGUAUGAGGCUGAGCUGAACCGUCGGGCCAGCCAGAUGAGUUUACACCAGUUACUGUUUGCUGCUGACUUGUGGCUUUGUAUUUGGGAGCAAAAGCAGGUCCCCCAUGAUCAGCAGGUCCCCCAGUUCCUACAGCAUGUCUAUGAUUCAGUAAGUCUGCAUCUGAAACAGAUAGGGGCCCCUGAGCUGGUGCAACUGCUGUAUAUUAUAGGAGAGAGUAGGCACUGCCCAAAACACCUGUUUCCAUCUAUAGAGUGGCUAUUAAUGCUUCAUUUACAUCAGCUGUACCCCGAUGAGGUUGGUGCUGUAUGCUUGGGGCUUUUUAAAUCCAAGAUUUCCAUAUCUGAGCAUGCAGCGACUUGUAUUGUUGAUAAAGCACACUCUUUUGUGGAGGAGAUGAGUAACUUCGCCUUGGUAAAUGUGAUGAAACAUAUUCGUUUCAACUACAUCUAUCACAAGAUGUGGCUGCAGGCCCUAGCACAGGAAGUUCCUCGCCGGGCCAACAUGGGUGUCAUGGGGCUGAUGCAUGUGGCACUGGCCUGCUCAUCACUGCAUCACAAAAAUGAUAAGAUCCUAAUGACAAUUGCUGAGAAAUUCCCCUCGAUGGAACCUCACUGUAGGCUUAAAGAUGCAAGCAAACUGCUGUGGGCGUUUGGCACAUUAAGGUUUCUUCCACAUCAGAGUCCAAGCUUCUAUCCAAGUCUUAAAAGAGCCCUGAGAAGUAAAAAAGAUGAAUUCCAGCAAUACCCUGAGCAUCUGCUCACUGCUCUUCUAGGCCUGGCCUAUGUCUCUCAGUUGCCAAAGGACCUAAGUGAAUUAACUUUGAGUCCUGAAUUUGUCAACAUAGCAUGGAAUUUCCCACAGCAUGAUCUGAAAAAAGAUUUGUUCACUCUAGAUGAAACCGUGGCUCGAGAGCUGCCCGAGUGGCGUGUCCCGCGGCUAAGCCGUGAACUGAGAGAAGAGGUGACAGAUACGCUGUGGAGGCUUGCUCAAUCAGACGUGUGCCUGAAACCAGAUGUUCUGGAGGCAGAAUCUCAUCUGCAGGAUCUGCUCGGGGGAGAGCAGUUUGUGUGCAAGAGAAUGAUUCUCCCCCACACUCGCUCUAUCGACCUGGAAGUGCAUCUUGAUUCCAAUAAACAGCCGAUACCGCUGUCUCCAGAGAACCUUUCAUCCAAAUGUCCUUCUGAUCAGGGUUGGGGGGGGAUGAAUGUAGGAGUAAAUCUAACUGAGGACCUUUUAGCACAGCUAAUACAUACCAAAAACACCAGAGAGUCUUUAACUCCGUCUCCUACAGUUAAGCCUAUGUCUCUUCACGGAGUGGAGCCGGAUAAAGGUGUGAGACGGUUUGACACAGAAUUAGACCUGGACAGUGACUUUAUAGAAACUCCUACCAAACCCAGGAGCCAAGGCUCAGGUCCCCGGAACUCUGAAGGCACUGUCAAACUUGCCAUCCAAGUUCCCAGCAGGAACCACUAUUGCUUACCUUCACAGGAGUUGAUGGGCUUACAUGUCUUGAAGAGGAGGCAGUUGAAGUUGGCAGGCUACAGGCUUGUAAUUCUUGAACCUUGGGAGUGGUUUCCCCUGCUGAAGAAGAGCAAGGACGCGAAGCUGGCUUACCUGCACUCCAAAGUCAAAAGCAGUCAGCAAUGAUUCUCUGACCUUCAAGGGCCGAAAAAAAACUGUGACUGAACUAUUUUUGCACGUUGGCGCCUGGUCAAUCUUUAGUUUGUUUAUCCCCACCAACACUGACUUUUUGUUUGUGUUUAGUACAAAAUAAAUAAGGAUGCUUUUCAAAAUGUGACAUUUCAUGACAUGUUUGUGAAAAUAAUUAAAAAGCACUCAGCUCCUAACUCCAGGUUGUGGUAUAUUAUGACAUACAUACUUUACCUGAAUUUAUGUACAUUUUAGUGUCCCUUCAAGAAUUUGCUAAUGCCUUCCAGGAUUUGUAGAAGAGUUUAAGAGAAACAAUGUCUUGCAUCAUAUUUAAUCACAUUCACUCAUGCAUGAUGGUCCUCUCUGAGGUCAGUGCAUCUGUUUCAGGUGUUUUUAGAUGGCUGGCUGCUUUGCACGUCAAAGGUCAAACUUGAUCUUUUUAGCUGAUGUGAAUAUUAAAAGACCUCCGUGCUUUUUUGGUACCAUGGCUGUUCACCAACAGUAAUUUCAAAGAUCGGAUUAAAAUCCACUGUGGAAAAUUAAUGCCAGUAGGGAGCCAAAAUAAUAACAGCAAAGUGAAUGGCCACAAUUUCAGUGAUGCAUCUGUACCUAAUGGAGAAUGUUUUUUCAGACAGGCUCAUCUGCUUUCUUUAUUAUUUUAUUUAUAUAUAUAUAUCUUGUUUCUGAAACAAAAUCUUAAGGUAUUCUUUGUAUUUGCUCAGCAGAAUUGGCACCUGUACUGUGAUUGUAGCUAUUUAACAUCUUAAACUCUGACAGAAUAUUAGAAUAAAAACCAAAUUUUCUUCAAUGUUUUCCCUACCCUGUAGGCCUACACAUUUGUUAGGUUAUUAUUGCUUUUACUUGGAGAGAGGUGAAGAGAAUGCCUUAUAGCUACAGGUUGAGAACCAGUUGAUUUUCUUCCCCGUUGUUUUAUCUGAUUGCAGAUCUGAUUUUUUAAACAGCCUUGAUACUCUGAUUCUGUCUGAUGUAUAAUUAAUGGAAAUCUUAUCGUUUUAAAUAUGCAGUAUUUAAAAAAUAUCAGUAAAGUCACCAAAACCUUGGACCGAAUUAACUUGUACUACUGAAGCUGUUUGAACAGCACUUUUAUCUUAGACUAUUCAAAGCCCAGAGGGAUGUAAUUGAUGUUGUAUAUGACGUGCCUUUAUUCAACUAUCACCUUUUUUUUACCAAGUUAAAUAAAUAUGUUUUCAAAUG